CGGGGCGAUGGGUUGAUGGGCGCCGGGGGACGCAGGAUGCGGGGGGCGCCCGGGCGCCUGCUGCUGCCGCUGCUGCCGUGGCUGCUGCUGCUCCUGGCGCCCGAGACUCUGGGGGCGCCCGGCUGUCCGGUGCCCAUCCGCAGCUGCAAGUGCUCGGGGGAGCGGCCCAAGGGACUGAGCAGCAGCGCCCCCAACCCGGCGCGCAGGAGGGUGGUGUGCGGCGGCGGGGACCUCCCGGAGCCUCCCGAUCCCGGCCUUCUGCCUAAUGGCACCGUCACCCUACUCCUGAGCAACAACAAGAUUACAGGGCUCCGAAAUGGAUCCUUCCUGGGACUCUUCCUGCUGGAGAAGCUGGACCUGAGGAGCAACGUCAUCAGCACGGUGCAGCCCGGGGCUUUCCUGGGCCUGGGAGAGCUGAGGCGCUUAGAUCUCUCCAACAACCGGAUUGGCUGCCUCACCUCUGAGACCUUCCAAGGCCUCCCCAGGCUUCUCCGACUAAACAUAUCUGGAAACAUCUUCUCCAGUCUGCAGCCAGGGGUCUUUGAUGAGCUGCCAGCCCUUAAGGUUGUGGACUUCGGCACAGAGUUCCUGACCUGUGACUGCCACCUUCGCUGGCUGUUGCCCUGGGCCCAGAACCACUCCCUGCAGCUAUCGGAACACACACUCUGUGCCUACCCCCGUGCCCUGCACGCCCAGGCCCUGGGCAGCCUCCAGGAGGCCCAGCUGCGCUGUGAGGGGGCCCUGGAGCUGCACACCCACCACCUCAUCCCAUCCCUGCGCCAAGUGGUGUUCCAGGGUGACCGGCUGCCCUUCCAGUGCUCCGCCAGCUACCUGGGCAACAACACUCACAUCCGCUGGUACCACAACCGGGCCGCCGUGGAGGGGGACGAGGAGGCGGGCGUGCUGCUGGCGGACAGCCUGGUCCACGACUGCACCUUCAUCACCAGCGAGCUGACCCUGUCUCACAUUGGCGUGUGGGCCUCAGGCGAGUGGGAGUGCUCCGUGUCCACCAUCCAGGGCAACGCCAGCAAGAAGGUGGAGAUUGUGGUGCUGGAGACCUCAGCGUCCUACUGCCCUGCAGAACGUGUCGCCAACAACCGUGGGGACUUCAGGUGGCCUCGAACUCUGGCUGGCAUCACAGCCUACCAGUCCUGCCUGCAGUAUCCGUUCACCUCAGUGCCCCUGAGUGGGGGCGCUCCAGGCACCCGAGCCUCCCGCCGGUGUGACCGAGCUGGCCACUGGGAGCCAGGGGACUAUUCCCACUGCCUGUAUACCAACGACAUCACCAGGGUGCUCUACACCUUCGUGUUGAUGCCCAUCAAUGCGUCCAACGCGCUGACCCUGGCCCACCAGCUGCGCGUUUACACAGCUGAGGCUGCCAGCUUUUCAGAUAUGAUGGAUGUAGUUUAUGUGGCCCAGAUGAUCCAGAAGUUUUUGGGUUAUGUUGACCAGAUCAAAGAGCUGGCAGAGGUGAUGGUGGAUAUGGCCAGCAACCUGAUGCUGGUGGCUGAGCACCUGCUAUGGCUGGCCCAGCGUGAGGACAAGGCCUGCAGCCGUAUCGUGGGUGCCCUGGAGCGCAUCGGGGGAGCAGCCCUCAGCCCUCACGCCCAGCACAUCUCUGUGGAGCUGAGCGCCUUUCCCAGGGAGGAGGGCGGCUCAGGGGCAGGGCUGCACCCUGCUGUGUACCCCUGCACAGCCCUGCUGCUGCUCUGUCUCUUCUCAACCAUCAUCACCUAUAUCCUCAACCACAGCUCUAUCCAUGUGUCCCGGAAGGGCUGGCACAUGCUGCUGAACCUGUGUUUCCACAUGGCCAUGACCUCUGCCGUCUUUGCGGGGGGCAUCACACUGACCAACUACCAGAUGGUCUGCCAGGCGGUGGGCAUCACCCUGCACUACUCUUCAUUGUCCACACUGCUCUGGAUGGGCGUGAAGGCCCGAGUCCUCCACAAGGAGCUCACGUGGAGGGCGCCGCCUCCACGGGAAGGGGACCCUGCCCCACCUACUCCACGUCCCAUGCUCCGGUUCUAUUUGAUUGCUGGAGGGAUCCCACUCAUUAUCUGUGGCAUCACGGCUGCUGUCAAUAUCCACAACUACAGGGACCACAGCCCCUACUGCUGGCUGGUGUGGCGUCCAAGCCUAGGAGCCUUCUACAUCCCGGUGGCUUUGAUUCUGCUAGUCACCUGGAUCUAUUUCUUGUGCGCAGGGCUGCGCUUACGGGGUCCCCUGGCACAGAGUGCAAAGGGGAGCAACAGCAGGGCCUCCCUGGAGCCAGGGGAGGAGCUGAGGGGUCCCACCAGGCUCCGGAGCAGCGGCCCCCUUCUGAGUGACUCAGGUUCCCUUCUGGCAACUGGAAGUGCAGGCAUAGUGAUGCCCGGGCCCCCGGAUGAUGGUGACGGCCUCUAUUCUCCGGGCGUCCAACUGGGGGCGCUAGUGACCACGCAUUUCCUGUACUUGGCCAUGUGGGUCUGCGGGGCUCUGGCCGUGUCCCAGCGCUGGCUGCCCCGGGUGGUGUGCAGCUGUCUGUACGGCGUGGCGGCCUCCGCCCUGGGCCUCUUCGUCUUCACCCACCACUGUGCCAGGCGUAGGGACGUGAGGGCCUCUUGGCGCGCUUGCUGCCCGCCUGCCUCGCCCUCGGCCUCCCACACCCCACCGCGGGCCCUGCCAGCCGUCUCAGAGGAUGGCUCCCCCGAGUUCGGGGAAGGGCCCCCCUCCCUCAAGUCUUCCCCGAGCGGCAGCAGCGGCCCCGCGCUGCCCCCUGGCCUCUGCAAGCUCACCAACUUGCAGCUGGCGCAGAGUCAGGCGUGCGAGGCCGGGGCGGCCCGCGGGGAAGGGGAGCCGGAAGCCGCGGGCCCCCGGGGGGGCCUGGCUCCCCGCCACCCCAACAACCUACACCAGGGGCGUCGGGCGCACAAGAGUCGGGCCAAGGGGCACCGCGCGGGGGAGGCCGUCAGCAAGAACCGGCUGAAGCCCCCGCGUGGGGGUGCGGCGGCCGGGGGGCCCGAGCUGCCGUCCAGCGAGAGCGGCAGCCUGCACUACAGCCCGAGCGACAGCUACGCGGGCAGCAGCUGCCACAGCCCGGGCGCUGGCCACCCGCUUGAGGGCGAGCCCAUGCUCACGCCCUCUGAGGGCAGCGACACCAGCGCCGCGCCGCUCCCCGAGGCGGGCCGGCCGGGCCAGCGCCGCAGCGCCAGUCGCGACAAUCUCAAGGGCGGCGGCAGCGGCGCGCUGGAGGAAAGCAAGCGCCGCUCGUACCCGCUCAACAGUGCGGGUCUCAACGGCGCCCCCAAGGGGGGCAAGUACGACGAUGUCAACGUGGUGGGCGCGGAGGCGGCCGGCGGCGCCUGCAUGAAGACUGGCCUCUGGAAGAGCGAGACCACCGUCUAGAGCGGGGCGGGCGAUGCUGUAAGACAGGCGGGACACACGGGCUCGUUACCCUCAGUGACUCCGAGGCCCUCAAAGACGUCGCCUGGUACGUCUACAAGUGUGAGGUGGCGGUGCCCAAGGCUGCACCUAGGCUGGCCAGCAUUAUCCCCGACGCUGGGGAAAGGAGAUAGGCAGGUACUUGCCACUUACCUAGAGGGCGUCCCUCUGGGCAACAAGACAAUCCCAGAAGCAGGCGUGAUACGUUUCCGUCCAGCCCAGGCCCGUUCUGACAGACCAGAUUACUGGGGUCCCCCCAGGCAGGGGCUAAGUCCUAUGUGGGGUAAUCCUCAACUACAGUGAAAGGGCACAGCAGAGCCCAGGUGGGUCCUCCCCAAGUAUUACCACUCCUGGCCACACUGCCUCAGUGGACAUCAGCCCUGCCAGGAAAUCACAGGGAGGAGCUUCAGAACUGUGCUGUUCCCUCUCUGUCCCCUGCUAAAGUCUGCCCAGAUCCCAAGUCCUCUCUCCUCUUGGGUUUGGCUGACACUAGAGCCAGCCUAGCAGAUGAGUCAAGUGACCAGGACGGAUGGGUCCCCUUCUGUCAUCCUCUCCAACAAACUAUGCCAGAGGGGAGGGAGGGAACUGUAAAAGGCAACCUUUGAAAUCCCCUGGGGGAAGAGAGAGGGAGCACAACUAGGGAUAAAGCCACCAUUCCCACAGGAGUGGUAUUCCCACCACACAGCAGGGCUCAGAGGUGGCACCUCAGAACAGUCUAGGCCCUGUACCUAAGCAGCUGACUCUGCCAGGUGUCUGUCAGGUGAUCUGAAGGAAGUAGGAGGAGCUGGUACUUGGAACUAGGGCAGAAUCUAGUCAUGCCUAAACCUAGUCCUAUCAACGAUGCUCUGAAGAGGGGGGCCACUGCAGUAGGCUGCAGGUGGUGUUUGGAGAAGCACUUACUGUUCAAUGACAAGAUCCAUCUCCCCAUCCCAGCCUCCCAUCCCUCAGGGACUAAAGAAAGCACUCCCUUGCCUCUGUGAGGCCAUAUGGAAAAACCAUCCCAAUUAUUCUGAUCUCUAGCUCCACAGUAGGGAGAAACCUCUGCAAAGUCAAAGCAGCCUCCUGACUGAGACCUGAGGCAGUGGCUAGGGUCCCUGCAAAUUGCCCGAGUCCAGUGCCUUCACUACUAUUAUACACCAGCACCUAUAGUUUUCCCAACCUGAACAACCACGACCAGUCUUUUACUACAGAACUGAAUGGAAGUGGAGGGAACCUUGGGUCUUGGGAAGAAGAACAGGAAACCCAAGUCUGGUCCAGUUCCCCUCCCAGUCUUCACAUCACCCCAGCCUGCUCACCAAGGUGAAAGGAGACACGGGAGGGGAGAGAACUCACACUCCCAGAGAUGAGUCCUGUUAUUUAUGCUUGCUGCACAGACAAUAUUAGAAGAAAAAAAAAGCUUUGUAUUACUCUUCCACAUAUGCCAGCUGCUGUUUACAUACCCUGCCGAUGCCUUAGCACUGGAGAGCUUUUGCAAUACGCUGGGGAAAGGGAAGGGAGGGAACGAAAAGUGCCAAAGAAAACAUGUUUUUAAGAGCUUGGGUUUUAUACAAUAGAAUGUUUUCUAGCAGAUGCCUCUUGUUUUAAUAUAUUAAAAUUUUGCAAAGCCCUU